GAGGCGGCCGCGGCUGCGGGAGGCUGAGACGAGCGGCCCCGCUACUUGUCCGGAGCGGAGCCGCUGAGACACACAGACACAGACAGGACCCGGGACCCGGGACAUGGCGCGGAGGUGGAGCUGGAGGGAGUUCCCACAGGGUUCCAUCAGAUCCACACGGAGUCUACCCGCCCGACACAGGGCCUCCAGGAGUGUGAGCCUGACACACACAAUGGAGGAGAGGUCGGACCUGCAGCUUACCUACAUCACGGAGAGAAUCAUCUCGGUCUCCGUCCCCAACAGUGUGGAGGAGCAGAGUUACCACGACAGCCUGAGGGAAAUCACCCAGAUGCUGACGUCCAAACACGGCAAGAAUUACCUGCUCUUCAACCUGUCCCGAGCGGCAGCAGGACAUCACCCCCCCUUCACCCCCACGGUGGAGGAGUUUGGGUGGCCGGAGCUGCACGCCCCCCCCCUGGACAAACUGUGCCGGGUCUGUAAGACCAUCGACACCUGGCUCCACGCCGGCCCCAACAUGUGCGUGUUCCUACACAACCGGGGGACUUGUGGGCGUACGGGAGUGGUGAUCGCAGCCUACAUGUACUAUAGCAACAUCUCCGCCAGCGCUGACCAGGCCUUGGACCGAUUUGCGAUGAAGAAAUUCUAUGAAGAUAAAAUAUCGUCGGUGAUCCAGCCGUCCCAGAAGAGAUACGUCCACUACUUCAGCGGGCUUCUGUCGGGGACGAUCAAGAUGAACAACAAGCCUCUGUUUCUCCACCAUGUCAUCAUGCACGGCAUCCCCAACUUCGAGUCCAAGGGCGGGUGUCGGCCAUUCCUGAAGAUUUACCAGAGCAUGCAGCCCGUCUACACCUCGGGAAUCUACAACAUUCCGGGUGACAGCCAGUCAACCAUGUGCAUCACCAUCGAGCCGGGACUGAUGCUGAAAGGAGACAUAUUGCUGAAGUGCUACCACAAGCGUUACCAGAGCCCAGCGCGGGAGAUUGUGUUCCGUGUCCAGUUCCACACGUGUGCCAUCCAUGACCUCAGUGUCGUGUUUGGCAAAGCCGACCUGGAUGAUGCCUUCAAAGAUGAGAGGUUCCCUGAGUACUUCAAGGUGGAGUUCAUCUUCUCCUUUGGCCCGGAGAAGAUACAAGGGAUGGAGUAUCUGGAGAACGGGCCGGGUAUAUCCGUCGACUACAACACGGCCGACCCGCUGAUCCGCUGGGACUCGUACGAGCUCUUCAACAGCGAGACGGAGGAGAACAGCGACGAUGUGGCCCACACCCAGGGCCCACUGGACGGGAGCCUGUAUGCUCGAGUGAAGAAGGGCUCUGCAGAGUUAGUGCCCGGGGCCUUGACCACUAACGGGGCCCCUCUGUCCGUCCUCCCCAACCACCUUGACCACACUCUGUCCGUCAGCAGCGACUCCGGGAACUCCAGCUCGCCAGCCCGGACAGAGGACCCGCCCGUACAGGCCCCGGGCCUCACCCCGGACGAGCAACACGAGCUGGACCGGCUGCUCAGCGGCUUCGGCCUGGGCGGAGUAGGCCCGAUGCACGGCCUAGGCCUAGGCCCCGGCCUGGAGCCCCGCCACAUCCUGGUGCCCGCCCAGGUGCACGUCAACGGUGAAGGGGCCGAGCGGGAGACCGAUAUCCUGGACGAUGACCUGCCGGGGAUGGAGCCCGUGGCCCUGGUGGGCCGGUCGUCUUCCGAUGGGGCCCUGCCCUCUCCCGGGUACCCGGGCCCUCUGCCUGUGGUCCAGGCCGGGCCCGAGAGCGGCCCCUGGCUCCUCCAGGCGGCCCCUGGCGUUCCCCGCUCCCUCUCCUGUGGCUCCCGGGCCCCAGCCCUGCCACAGGCCCCGCCACAACACAGCCUCUCUGAGCCCAGCCUGGCCCAGGCCCCACACAUCACCCGGGACGAGAUCAGGGAGUCAAUCGAGGCCCUGGAUUCCCUGAUGCUGGGCCUGGGGGAGCCCAUCUCACUGCCGGCCCUGGGGCAGUCUCCCUCACUCCCGGGCCUAGUGCAGGCUUCAUCACUCUCGGGCCCAGUCCUACCGCAAGCUCCCUCUUUCACAGGCCCAGGUCUAGUGCAGGCUUCGUUGCUCUCAGGCCCAAACCUGGGGCAGUCACCCUCACUCCCGGGCCUAGUUCAGGCUUCAUCACCCACACGCCCACUUCUAGUGCAGGCUCCCCUUUUCACAGGCCCAGGCUUGGGGCAGUCGCUUUCUCUCUCAGGCCCGGGCCUAGUGCAGGCUUCAUCACUCUCAGGCCCGGGCCUAGUGCAGGCUUCCCCUCCCUCAGGCCUGGGGCUGGGACAGUCACCCUCACUCCCGGCGGGCCUAGUUCAGUCAGGCUCUCUCUCGGGCCCGGCCAUGGGCCUGGACACCACCGACAGGGGCCGGGGAACGGCCAGCCCAGGCCCCGGCUCCCCAUCGCCACCGACACAGGCCCUCGGCCCGUGGAAGGCCCCGGCUCCCAGCCCCAGCCCCGCGGACUCGAUGGAAGGGCCUCAGGAACCCGAGGACUACAGCCUGGAGGGUCUGGUGGCCCAGCGAGUGGCAGGGGUGAGAUCACGAACCUUGACCCCGUUGGAGCCCAGCGGGGCCUCGAGACGCCGGACGUCCAGCGAGGGCCAGUACGAGAAUGGCCUGGAGGGGCCGUGCAGCCCCCCUGUCCGCUCGCCCAUCCGCUGCGUGUCGCCUGAGCUGGCCAGCUCCAUCGCCGCCAAUCCGGGCGGCUGGCCCAAGGAGUCCAACAUGCACAGCUACCGAGAGGCGUUUGAGGAGCUGGAGGGAGCGCCCGUGAAUACAAGCGGAACUACCGCGGCUCGUUCCCCACCCGGACUGGCCCGGACCCCACUCUCCGCACUGGGACUGAAGCCUCACAACCCCGCCAACACCAUGCUGCAGUCCGCAGCGCUGGGACACGAGCCCAGGAGUUACGUGGAGUCAGUGGCCAGGACGGCGUUAGCGGGCAGCAGUGUGCGGCAGCCCCAACCCGUCCCACACAGCUACCCCGUGGAGAUCCCCGGCCGGCAGCUCUCCGUCCACUCCUACAGCCCGCCCGUCCCCAUGUCCUACAGCAGCCCCUUGUCCAGCAGCUCCGACAGCCCCUUCCUGUUGAGCCGACUGUCGACGGACAUCAAUGGUCACGGUCUCUCUCCUCCGCUGUCGUCGCUGAAUUCCAGCCUGCGCUCGUCCAGCCUGUCCCACCCGUCGCUGACGGAGAGCAGCUACCACAACGCCACUCCGCCCGGCCGAUCCGGCCUCGGCCCCAGCGGGGCAGGGAGCGCCGAGACCACGGGGAGAGUGGACUCGCCGCCCGUUGUCCACCCGCUCUACCCAGACCGGCCCGCGGUGGGAGCGGUCAACGCCGGCGGUCACCGACACGAGAGCCCCAUCGCCCCGCACCGGACAGUGUCCGGCCACACGCCGCCCAGCCCCGUGCUGGGACGGAGAGCGGCCACGAUCGGCCAAUCCCCCGGGAGCCCGGGAUCAUCCCGGCAUUAUCCCGGCAACAGCCCGGUCCAGCCCCGGUACAAGGGGGUGGUCAGUGCCAGCGCUCCGGCCACGCCCACGCCCAGCACCCCGUCGCUGGACAACUACCUCCUGUACGGGUUCCCCACGCCGGCCGGAGCCACGCCACCGCCGGACGAUCGCUACGCCUCGCUCAGCCGGCAAGGGAGUUGCCAGAGCUACGGCGUUCCCGGCACGCCGGCGUUCCCGGUGUCUCCGGCCUUCCACGGUUUCGCCAACGCCGCGGCCGGAGGCUCGCCGCCGCCACCGGGCAGGGGGUCAAGGGGCAGCCCCCAGCCCGCGCUGCCGGAGAAGAGACGCGGCUCAAGCGGUGACCGAUCCCUCGGCUACACCGGCUACACCGCGGUCAACGGCAAGGCUGCCUCGCCCGUGUCUAGCGGAGUGUCCAGUCCCAGCGGCUGCAGCACUCCCACCGGUCAUCUCCACACCGCCGCAGACUUCUCCAAACUCACCCUGACCGACGGAAGCCCAGAGACACGGGCCAACGUUAAAUUUGUUCAGGACACAUCGAAGUAUUGGUACAAGCCGGACAUCUCCAGGGAGCAAGCGAUUGGCUUGCUGAGAGACCGUGACCCGGGUGCGUUUGUGAUCCGUGACAGCCACUCGUUUCGAGGAGCGUAUGGACUGGCCCUCAAGGUCUCCGCUCCGCCCGCCACCCCCGCCCAACAGAGUCAGAAAGGUGAUCUGACCAACGAACUGGUCCGGCACUUCCUCAUUGAGACCAGCGCCAAAGGAGUGGAGGUGAAAGGGUUUCCCAAUGAACCCUACUUUGACAACUUGGUUACUCUGCCUGUCUACCAACACUCCAUCACCCCGCUGGCGUUACCGUGUAAACUCGUGGUCCCUGAACAUGACCCCGUGGAUAAAAUCCCCGAGCCCACGCCGCUGACCAACUCAGCCACCGAGUUGCUGAAGCAGGGAGCUGCCUGCAACGUUCUGUUCGUGUACUCGGUGGACAUGGAGUCGUUGACCGGUCCGCAGGCCAUCGGCAAGGCCAUCACCGAGACUCUGGCCUCACAACCUCCGCCCACCGCCACCACCGUCCACUUCAAGGUCUCGUCACAGGGCAUCACGCUGACUGACAACCAGAGGAAAUUGUUCUUCCGUCGGCACUAUCCCAUCGGCAGCGUGACCUUCUGUGACGUGGACCCACAGGAGAGAAGGUGGACCAAGUCUGAUGGAAGCUCCUCAAAGCUCUUUGGGUUCGUGGCCAGGAAGCAGGGCAGUACCACGGACAACGUUUGCCACCUGUUUGCCGAGAUGGACUCCAACCAGCCGGCCCCGGCCAUCGUCAACUUUGUCUCCAAGGUGAUGAUCGGCUGGCAGAAGAGAUGAGCGGCAAGAGAGGGGAGCCAUCCGACCGGGACUGGGAGCGGCGGAGCAACGUGUGGCUCAGGGUGACUGAGGGAGUGGAGGAGGGGAGUCAUUGAUCACUAAUGGUGGCGCGCGGUGACUGAGGGAGUGGAGGAGGGGAGUCAUUGAUCACUAAUGGUGGCGCGCGGUGACUGAGGGAGUGGAGGAGGGGAGUCAUUGAUCACUAAUGGUGGCGCAAGCGGUGACUGA